AGGGGAGCAGAUUUUAUAUGUGCACAAAAUGCGCACAAAGACACAACACUCUGCAGCUGUCUGUCAGCGAUCGUCGUGGUGAAUGAGAGCAGCAGCAGCCAACAUGAAAUUCCAAGCUCUUUUGUUCCUCCUGCUCAUCAUCUGCACCACCCUGUGUGUGGCGCAAGGUUCCUACGGUAACUGCUGCCUGGGCCACGUGCGCGGGAUGCGACCCAAUGCCAAGUACAACAUCGAGAGCUACAGGAUGCAGGAAACGGAUGGCGACUGCAACAUCAGAGCUGUCGUGUUUGUGAUGAAGAAGAAGCCCGGACGCAAAAACCAGCGCACCGUCUGCGCCAACCCGGAGCUGAAAUGGGUGCGGGAGCUGAUGGAGGCUGUGGACGCGAGGGUGUUGUCAGCCAAUUAGGCACAAGAAGGCAGCAACCGUCACGUGACUUCCAUUCAACAUGCCCCCACUGGAGGACGGUGGCGUUAAGCACGGUAUAUCUUUCCCCCAGCACAUGGAUCCCAUUAGGCACUUGUACAUUUGCCAUUUCCUGUUGCUGACCAAGAAUGUAAAUCACGCCUGCAGCAUGACAUGUCUUCUACUUUCACUUGGUUUCGUUGGUGAUGUUUGGAGCCUGCGAGGAAUGAGCCACAACUGGGCAGCUUUCGAUUGUAGAUGUGAGCUGAAGCGCUCACGUAUUCGUACUCUGGCCACAUUUCGACCUGAGAUCAGCGUCCACGCGACCUUUAAGGUGGAAAGAACACAAGAACGCAGCAAAAGACAAAACAUAUUUGCUGUUUUCUGUUUUUCUUCACACGAGAUUGAUUGCGCUCUUUCAAAACACGUACAGCAUAGUUGCAUUGUUGCCCCACCUGCACGUGGUGAAAAAUCACGAGUAAUUGAGACGCCCUUAAAAAUGUAUCAAUUAUGUUUGUAACAACGCAUGUGAAACGCACCAUGUGACUUAAUCCAAAUAAACACUAGCAUAAGUGUAGAACAAUACCACCGUAUUGCAAUGGAUAACCCGCAAGGCAUGCUGGGUAGCUUCCUGUCGGGGCUUGCCAGCAUUCUCUGAGGGGAGGGCCGCCUGCGCCACCCUCUGCAGGAAGAUCUCUCAUCUCCUUCCACCAUCUCCUACACUAUUUAGUACUUUCGUUUUCAGGCACCAGACAGAAACGUGGCCAUGAUAUGAAUACUCGGCUUGACCUGUACAGCGCGUGUGUGUGUGUGUGUGUGUAUAUGUGCGUGUGUGUGUGUACAUGUAAUAAGUGCGUGUGAGAGGAAUGUGCAUACGCAUUGUUUUCUAAUUCACAACAGAUUCCCAUAUUUUUGUAUCAGCACUCCAAUUGUACUUAUUAAAAGAGAAGAACGCUACCAAA